GGCAACUUCCGAGUAAAAGUUAGUAGUACUGCUUGAAAUUGUGAAUGUACACGAAGGAUUACGUGUUUUCUGUCGGCCGGCUUAGUUACGUGUUUACUUCUUCUGAAAAGUUGAUAGUCAAAGCCAUCAAUUGCUAGUUCGGUUUAUCACCAUUGACUUCGGUGGCACUGAAUUUUUUCGUCACUAAUCCUCGAUUCUUUCUAACUCGUGAACUUGUUUGCCAUUGCACCAGGCGAUCCCUACGACAAGCGGCUGCCGGUGACGUCGUCGCAGGCAUCACGCUCGUCCUUCUCGGCGCCGCUGUCGCUGUCAACCAUACCGCCAAUGUACGCGCCACCACCAGCGCCACACGCAGCGGUCCGCCCGUGGCAGAGCGGCGGCGGCGCCACGGCCUCCGACCAGCCUCCCCCGCACGCGGCGGUCACGGGCGGCACGGUGUCGUACGCGGACCUGGCGGCGGCGACGGACGGGUUCUCGGACGCCAAGCUGCUGGGGCAGGGCGGGUUCGGGCACGUGUACCGCGGCACGCUGGGCGCGGGCGCGGCGGCGCGGGAGGUGGCCAUCAAGCGGCUCCGGGCCGGCAGCGGGCAGGGCGAGCGCGAGUUCCGCGCCGAGGUGGAGAGCAUCGGCCGCGUGCACCACCGCAACCUCGUCUCGCUGCUGGGGUACUGCAUCCAUGGCGACCAGCGGCUGCUCGUCUACGAGCACGUCCCCAACCACACGCUCGAGUCCCACCUGCACCACGCCGGCGACGGACCGACGCUGCUGGACUGGGAGCGCCGGUGGCGGAUCGCGCUCGGGGCGGCCAAGGGCCUGGCAUACCUGCACGAGGACUGUCAUCCUAAGAUCAUCCAUCGCGACAUCAAGGCGGCCAACAUCCUUCUCGAUGACAACUUUGAGCCCAAGGUCGCCGACUUUGGGCUGGCCAAGAUCCAGCACGGAGACGAUAGCCAUGUUUCUACGCGGGUGAUGGGGACUUUCGGGUACAUGGCGCCGGAGUACACCAACACCGGGAAAAUAACCGACCGGUCCGACGUCUUCUCCUUCGGCGUCGUGCUUCUGGAGAUCAUCACCGGCAAGAGACCGGUCCUGUCCGACGAGCCCGACGAAGACGACGAGACUCUGGUCUCUUGGGCACGGCCUCUGCUGACGAAAGCUCUGGACGGGGAGCUCUCCGUGGAGCUCAUCGACCCAAGGCUGGAGGCCAACUACGACGCCCACGAGAUGCAGCGGCUCAUCGCCUGCGCCGCCGCCGCCGUGCGCCACACGGCCCGCUCCCGCCCACGAGUGAGCCAGAUCGUCCGGUACCUGGAGGGCGAGCUGCCGCUGGAGGCCCUCAACGGCGGCGUGGAGCCGGGGCAGAGCGAGGCGCACGACGCCACCACCACGGAGCAGCUGCGGCGGAUGAGGAGGAUGGCGUUCCUGCAGCGGGGCGCCGACAGCGACAACACGGGCGCCACCGGCUUCGUCAGCGAGGCCACCAGCGAGUACGGGCUGUGCGCGUCCAGCUCCAGCAGCGACGGCGACGCCGCGCAGAGCACGAGCCGCGCGCCCGACGGGCAGCACCCCGGCGUGGCGAGCCAUGCCGCCGGCCACAACGUGGGCAGGGCGGGGCGGCACUCCGGCGAGCUCGGCGCCAUGAGCCGGCGCACGCGCCCGGGCCGCGCCGGCCUGGAGUGACGUGACCGUCAUUGUUGCGACCAAGUUUUUUGGAACUGGGAGUUAGGCUAGUAAAAUACUGCUACGUAUUGCCUUUGGAUCUUAGUUUUCUUUUGGGGCCCCCUCAUUGGAGGGGAGAGAGAUAUACUUGUAAAAUACGAAGUGUUAGAACUUCUUUAGUGUUUGCCAUUUCUUAGGAAUUUUGCUCAAGUGCAAAUCUGAGAAAAAACAAAACAGUUGUGAUGUUAGAGCAUCUAGAUGCAAAAGUAACUAACUUUUGUAUCUCCGAGGCCCCAAACCCCUC